AGACCGAAGCGGUUUAAAAGACACAUAGACAGCAGCAGGUCUACACGUGUGUCUCCUGAGCUGAACAGAACAAUAGUGUUCGGGUCCAUGCCGCUCUGAGAACGUACGGUGUCACAGGGAGACUGCAGGCUGCCUCCGGCUCCACAUAUCACCAGCUACUCUCCGCCCCUCUGUCUGUCUGUCUGUCUGCCACCAUGUUUGAGACUAGUGGGGAUGACUUGUUCCUGCCUUCCUACCAAGAUGAGGAGAUGGUGGACAACCUGCUGUCCAGUGAGGCGUCAGAUGGAGAUGGUGGCAGUGGAGUCUCUCUCGCUAAGGCGCUGCUACCCCUGGUAGAGUCCUCUUCCCCUCCCCUUAUCCCCUGGGUCUGCUCCACCCGCUACAAGACAGAGCUCUGCACCAGCUACUCUGCUACCGGUUUCUGCAAAUAUGCUGAGCGCUGUCAGUUUGCCCACGGCCUCCAUGAGCUCCAUGUUCCCUUCCGUCACCCAAAGUACAAGACGGAGUUGUGUCGCAGCUACCACACUACGGGAUACUGCUAUUACGGCAGCCGCUGCCUCUUCGUCCACAACGCCACUGAGCAGCGCCCUGCCCAGCGUCGUCGCAGGAAUGUUCCCUGUCGCACCUUCCGCUCCUUUGGCGUUUGUCCCUUUGGCACCCGCUGUAACUUCCUGCAUGUCGAGGGUGGUGAUGUCGCUGGUGUUCCGGAGUCUCUGGAUGUUGAGAAGACGGAGCCUGUUCCCAGCCCCCAGCUCCAACCACAGACCAGGGAGUGGAAGCCACGUGGAGCUCUGUGCCGCACAUUCAACUCUUUUGGCUUCUGCUUGUACGGAACACGCUGUCGUUUCCAGCACGGCCUCCCCAGCAAGAUCAAAACCUCACAACAGAACCUGGGAGGCUCCUUCUACCCUCAGCUGUCCCCUGGAAGUUCAGGUUUACCCUCCCCUACCUCUCCCUUCACAGCCAGCUCACCCAACUCCUCAACCUCCUCCUCUCCUCCAUCGACCUCUCCUCUCGCCACCCCGCCUGCAGAGGCUACAGCCCACAAUGCCUUCACCUUCUCCAGUCAGCACCUGAGCGACCUGCUGCUGCCGCUGGCCCUCCACCUGCAGCAGCUGGAGAGCACCAAGGCUCAGGAAAUCUGGGACAACAGGGGGCUUUAAGUGGAUGUGGUGAUAGUUGUGAACAAGCGUUAGCACUCAACAUCACAGCUUGAUUUUGGUGUAUGGAUUUCUUUCUUUCUUUCUUUUUUUUUUUUUUUUAAACGCCCUUUCCCUAGGGUUUUUUUUUCUUUUUCUUUUUUUAAUUGAAAAGUUUGACUUGGGAGCUUGUGUUAGCAGGUCAAGCAGGCCUUGAGCUGUUCAGUUGUAGGCCAGUCUAUUAGGCCUCAGACCUAAUAGGUCUGUACAGGUUGGUGGUCUCAAACACUACAGCUAUGUGUAGCUAUGAUAAUUUAAUUUUUUAACUGUUGUAAAUAUAUUAAUGAACUGAGUAAAUGUCUGACAGCAGCAUGAAUAAACUUUUAAAUCUUUAA